UAACCAGAAUAACCAACUCAACCAAAAAAAAAAAAUCCCACCAACACCUUCUCAAGAAUGGCUGCACUCAUGAUGCCAAAUAAACCCAUCUUCACUUUCUACUGCUUACUUCUACUGCUCAUCAUUCUUCCCACCGACGCACGGCGCCCGACGACGACGGCGGUCGAGGAAGCCGGCGCCGGGAGCCUGGCGAGAGCAGAGGCGGACAAGUCGGGGCCGAGCCCUGGAGUAGGGCACAAGCAUGGCGAGAGGAGUAAUAAGGUGAAGAGAAGGACUGCCACCAUGCUUGGUGGACAGGCCAAAGAUCACUCGGGUCCUAGCCCCGGCGAGGGACAUUAAUUAGUGCAAUUAUUUAGUUGGCUAAUUGGUAAUUAGUGUGUUGCUGGAUGAUGAUAAUGGAAUAUUUAAUGGUACACUAUGUAGGAUGGUGAUCAUAUAUAAAGGGAAUAGAGGGGAGGUACUAAACAUUACGAAUUGGAUGGUUGUCAAGUUGUAAACCAAUAGUUGCGCAUAAUGAUAUAUCGUAUAAUACGCGGUCAGAUUGAUGUACUUCUGUAAUACAUAUCAUAUGAUAUAUUGGAUAUUUCUAGAGAGAUAUUUAUAGUACUUGUGUCAUGAAUUAAACUGAGUUUGGAAUAUAAUAUUAUAUCUUCACCUCAAAAUGUAUAAACUCCCGAUCCCGUUUAUUUGAACUCAAAAUCAAACGUUAUUUAAAAA